AUGUCAAUGGAAUUGGCUGAUUCUCGCAAAAAACGAAAAUCUCGCUUUGACCAGAAGCCGGAAUGCUCUUCAGAAUGUUCCUGUUACGUGUCACCUCCAAAACUGUUGUGUCUCUCUCCUACUUUCUCGAAAGCACCUUCAACAUCUUUAUCCGAUACCCCGUUCUAUCCGAAAAGCAUAUCAGGAAACGGUCCAGAGAAACGAAAUGUUGAAGUUAACACGAUUGUGAAUUUGAAUGAAUUACUCACACCGCGAAUUUGUCUUCUCCUUGAAAGUAUGCGUAACAGUCAUGUCCCUGACUAUCUGAGAGAGCACUUGUUAACACCAGAGUCCCCUCCAACGGAAGAAGGAGUCAACCAGCACAUUGACGUUUGUCCUGAGGAAAACGUAGCAGAUGAGGAGACCAUCGCUCUCUAUACCGCAACGAGAGAGGAGAAAUAUGAGGAGACGGAUGAACAAGUGAUUUUUGCUGCGUGGAUCGAAUUCUGUGAGACUAUGAGAGCGAGGGGACUCCCACCAACUGCAAUUAGAAAUCACAAUUACAAGAAGUUUAUGCGUGGACCUCCGAUUGUGAAAAAAACGAACAUGUACAGAAACCCGGGCGGAUGCAAGAGAUGUCGGUACAGAAAUAUGCAACAGUACGGGAACAAUUUCUCUGAGCGCUCGGAGGACGACAUCUGGAAAAGUUGCACUGUUCGCUACACUAUGGAAUGUCAUCGGAAUCAAUCAGUAAUCGACGAUCUCUUUCGAAAACGUCCAGAUCUCUGCACAUUCUGCAAAUUCAAGCUCAACGACCCGUUCCUCAGGAAGAAAGAAUCACAGGACCAUGUUGAUAGUCACGUUAAGGAAGGGUUGAAGGACAUCCCGGGCAAAAUGAAAUGGCAAGAUGAAGAAUCAAGAAAAACUCAUCGAGAAUGGUAUCCAUCGACAGAAGAAUGGCUGGUAAAGAAGAAGGUUCCAGAAACCGUUGAGAAUUCAGAAGAGGCGGAUCAAGUCACAGACGUGAUGACAAACGGCUUACAACGACGCAAGUGUCAAGUUUGUAGAGAGCAGUUGGAGGAGUACUAUGAUAAUGAGUGGGAGACGUGGCGUUUUAAGAAUUCGGUUGGAAUAAACAGAAAAGUGAUCCACAAACAUUGCUUGGGAGAUCUGGAACAAUCGGAGAGCAAUCUAAAAGAGGAGCUGACAACCACUUUUAGCAAAGAGGAAAUAAUUUGUAUCAAAAUCGACUAA